UAUUCUUAGUGUGAAGACAUUAUAAUGCUUUGGAUAACAAUUUUAAUUUCAGUUACAGUUUCAGCGGUACACAGUGCACUUUGCCCGAAAACAGAAGAUCCAUGUUACCGCUACAAUGGUCUCAUUGAGAUACCGGACAUGGACACACGUCACCCGAGCAUAAAGAUUGGAACAGUGGCAUACUCACAAGAUGUUUACAAACUGAGGUUCGGGCUGUGGUACAUCUCGGACUUUCCGUUGACCUCAGCGGCUGUGGAAAACGGCCAUUGUGGAACAAAGUUUCCCAUUUGGGUUAAUGGAUCCACACCAACCCCAGGCGAGGGUUAUGUCAACCUCACUGCAUGUGUGAAAGACUACAACGACACAUGCGCGGACACCGUCACCGUGCUCGCCAAGAACUGUGGUUAUUACUACGUCUACUGCUUUUGGAACCUGCCGUACGCUGACCAGAGAUUCUGUUUCGAUGUUGACCUGAGUAAAGUAACAACGACAACAAAAACGACUACAACCGCUACGACAACAACAACCAAACAAACUGCUACAAAAGCAAAAACAGCGGAAUAUUAUUACCAUGAUCCUUCGAAGCAAUCCGGAGAUUCCAAGUGUGACUGUUCCAAAAGUGAAGGGGUAGCUAUAGGCUUGGGAGUGACCUUGUCAUUGACAUUUUUCAUUUUCGUCAUUAUCUGCGCUUGUAGAUACACUCCUAAAAAAAACAUUGUGUGCGGAGAUGUUUCUUCCCCCAAGUAUAUGUAA